CUCUCCCCAGGACCCGGUGCUGUGAACCAGCUGGGAGGUUUCUUUGUCAAUGGGCGCCCCCUCCCCAUCUGCCAGAGGAGGAAGAUCAUUGAGCUGGCAGCCUGUGGCGUGAGGACCUCCGACAUCUCCCGCAGCCUCAAGGUCUCCAAUGGCUGUGUCAGCAAGAUCCUGAGUCAGUACUACAGAACAGGGGCCGUGGAGCCCAGGGCUGUUGGUGGCAGCAAGCCCAGGAUGGUGACCCCCGAGGUGGUGGCCAGGAUCACCCAGCUGAAGGUGGAGCAACCUUCACUCUUCGCCUGGGAGAUCCAACAGCAGCUGCAUUCUGAAGGCAUCUGCAGCAGCAACAGGACCCCCAGUGUCUCCUCCAUCAACCGGGUGCUGAGGAACCUACCCAGCGACCUGCAGCUGGUGGCCAAGAGGGUGUCCCCUCUCACUGUCCCCUCCAUCCCAUGCUCCCCAGGAUGCCACCCACCCACCCAAACCGGUGCCGCCGUCUCCUUGGGCACCCAGCACCCAGCUCAGAGGUCCAGAUCCAGCCAGCAGCUCCUGUUGGGCACCCAGCAGAGGACCAGGACAAUAUUCUCCAGCCAGCAGUCAGAAGCUCUGGAGAAAGUCCCGGGGAUGCUCAGCGCCUCCCUGCGCCUCCCUGCGGCUCCCCUCACUGCCCGCUGGGCGGCGCCCUGCAGCGGGCGCUGA